GUUAUGGGCGUGGUGGUUUAGUGACUAAUAAUAAUAAGAGAUGGUUGUUGAUGUGGUUUAACGUUUUGUUAUUUUAAUAAUUUGUUUUAAUAUUCUCCGUUUAUUUUCCGUCUAUGAUAUAACAAGAUAAAAUGUAUUAUAAAGAUAAAUUUUAUCUUAUCUUUGUCAUGUUUGUAGUCAUUUUUAAUCUUAUAGGAAAUGUUAGAGGUCAAAAUUUUUGGAAAAUUACUCAGGUUAACGAUGACAAACAUAAAGAAACAAUGAAAACAAUUAUUUGGUGUACAAUUAGCAGAGAAGAACAACAAAAAUGCCAAAACUUUGCUAUGGCAGUUGAAAGAGAUCAAAUAAAAGUAGGUACUGGAAGAGGUAGCCUAAAAGGAAAAAUUGAAUGUAUGCAAGCCUAUAACAAAAAUGAAUGUAUGCAAUUAUUAGAUGAAGAAAAAGCUACAUUAACAACGUUAGAUGCUGGUGCCGUUUUUAAUGGAGGACGUUAUUAUAGCUUAGUACCAAUAGCUCAAGAGUUAUUAGAAGGGGGAUUUAAUUAUUACUAUGCUGUUGCUGUUAUAAAAAAGGGAACACUCGCUGAUGUUAACUCAUUAUACCAACUUAGAGAAAAGAAAGCUUGUUUUGCGGGUGUAGAAACUUUUGCCGGAUGGAUUUUACCAAUUAAUACAUUAAUGAAAGAAGGAGGAAUGGAGAUAAUCGAUUGCAAUAAUCAUGUCAAAUCUGCAACAAAUUAUUUUGGUUCUUCGUGUGCUGUAAAUUGUUUAACUGAUAAGUACAAUCCCAUUGGAGACAAUUCAGACAAAUUGUGUAAGUUAUGUAUUGGAAAAAUUCCUGGUGGUCGUUGCACAGAUUCGGACCCAUAUGCAGGGUACAAUGGAGCAUUCCGAUGUUUAUUAGAAGCUGGUGAAAUAGCAUUUUUAAAGCACAAUACUGUUCAGGAACAUAUAUCUGGGAUGGAUUUUACUGGUCUCUCAUCAGACAAUUUUGAAUUGUUGUGUAAAGAUGGGACUCGCAGACCUCUAACAGAAUAUAUGCCAUGUAAUUGGGGCAAAGUACCAUCCGAUGCUGUGGUUACCUCAUCUGCUGUGUCUUUUCAAGACCGUGAUAUUUUACAAAAAUUCUUAAAAAAAUUUGCCGAGAAGUAUCCGAAACGAUUAGGUAAUGCUACCUUUGGUGCAGUUAGUGGUAAUCAGUUAGAAAACAAAUACGACCAAUAUGGCAACAAAAUUCAACCAGAGUAUGACCAGUUUGGCAACAGAAUACAACCGGAAUAUGACCCCUUUGGAAACCGAAAUAGAUACAAGAGACAAAACUUUGGUAAUUUAGGGUCCCAAGGAAGCAGAACUACAAAUAAUGAUGAAUAUGGAAACCCUUACAGGCAGGAUAAUUCUAAUAGAGACUAUAACCCAUAUAGUAGGGAUAAUCAGUACAAUUCAAAUCAAUAUGGUGGCAGCAAUCAGGAUGACAAUCAGUAUAAUAAUCAGCGUGAGCGAUAUACUGCUGGCAGAAAUGACCCGGGAAAUCCUUUUGACCGAAACCCUCAGAUUCUUAAUCCUGACCAGUAUGGUGUCAAUGUAGAUCCUUAUGACACGGAUAUUAAAUAUCGCAAACCGACAGAUCCCUUGUAUGAAAGUAGUACAGAGAGUACAGCUGAUCAAACCAACUCCACAUUUUAUGAGGUAUUUAGUCUGUUUGAGUCGGUACCAAGAUAUGGUCGACAUGGAAAUUUAUUAUUUCAGGAUGCCGCUACAAGUUUUACUCCUAUACUAGAGCCCCAACAAUCUUAUACGAACUUUUUGGGGGAAUCUCUAAAGGCUAUUAUGGGAGUACGUGAUUGUCCUGUUAACAGAAUGACCUUGUGUGUUACGUCUGAUGCCGAGAAUAAUAAAUGUGUCAAAAUGAGGACUGCAUUGAAAGCCCAACUCAUAAAGCCAGAAAUGGAUUGUUACAAAGGACAUUCCCAGAUUCACUGCAUGGAAGCGAUACGAGCGGGUACAGCAGAUGUCACUAUAUUGGACGCAAGCGACGUAUAUACUGCAGGCUUAAACUACGAUUUAGUGCCUUUCAUUAGUGAAGUUUAUAACUUGGAUGAACCUGAAUACUAUGUUGUUGCAGUCGCUAAGGAAUCCGAUCCUACCACGGAACUUACAUAUUUGAAAAAUAAAAAUACCUGCCAUGGUGGUAUUAAUACGGCAGCUGGGUGGGUUUAUCCUUUGGCAUUUCUGAUCAGUAAUGGUUGGAUAAGACCGUACGGUUGUAACAGCAUUAGAGCAGCAGCUGAAUAUUUUACUAAGAGUUGCGUGCCGGGAGCGUUAAGUACUGAAUAUAAUACAGGAGUGCCUUAUGAUAACAUGUGUGACCUGUGCCAUGGUCCCAGUUUCAGAUAUUGUAGGCGCGAUGCUUCAGAAGAUUAUUACGGACAUACGGGUGCCUUUAGAUGUCUUGUUGAAGGAGGUGGGCAUGUGGCUUUUGUUAAGCACACUACAGUUACAGAAAACACUGGUGGUAAAAAGAAAGAGUGGUGGACGAGAGACAACUUAAACGACGAUUAUGAGCUUUUAUGCCCAGAUGGUACAAGAGCCGAGAUACACGAUUAUAAAAAAUGCAACUUAGGAAAAGUAAAAGCUAACGCGAUUGUUACGAGGGGCGGUUAUGGAUAUAACGAAACACAUAUCAAUGCGUUUAUUAAUCUAUUUAUGUAUGCUCAGACGUUUUAUGGUAGAAAAAUUUCUGAUGAAUUCAGCUUCAGCAUGUUUUAUUCCAAACCUCCAUAUUCCGAUUUAAUUUUCCAAGAUGCUACCACACGGCUGAAAAUUAUAGAUCCUGAUAAAAGGUCUUACGACAGAUAUCUGGGUGGUGACUUUUUGAGGGCUCGCAGGAUAGUUGACUGCCAUGCCGGAGCAACCAGUACAGGUGCCUCAAUUAUAAUUUUGACACUUUCUGCCUUAUUUUCCAUUGUUAUACUUAGAAGUUAGCAACAGAUGACACUAAUAGCUUUAGUGUGUAAGAUAUAUUUUUUAUGAAUCUUUACAAAUUAUUUUAAUUAUUGUUUUGUAUAUUUACAACAUUUUUUGAUAUUAUAUUGUUUCUGUCCAAUUUUAUACAACUUUGUGUUUUAUAUUUUGAAUUGUUUAUCAAAGAAUUUUUACGAAUAAAUUCUUUUUAUAGUAAUCUGAAAAACUCAAUAGGAGCCUUAUAAAAGAGUUUACUUUCCGUCCAUGUUGUAUGUAUAAAUUUUUCUAUUUUUAUAUUAAUUCAUCUGUAUGUGUAAGUAUUAUUAAAAAUGA